UUCAGGUUUCCCCUUCAAACACAAGCUGAUACGAGUCUUUUUUGGAUUACCUUUCCUAUGCUCCUGCCUUUGGUACGCCUACAUGGGGUACAGAUGGGUACCGCUCAUUCCCAUCUCAAUGUACUACACCAAAUACAGAACUCUAGUCAACUCCCUAUCAGCCACCAUUACAAGUCUCUGCCUUCUGUUGAGCUUCUUCGGCAAUAGACAACUCGAAUACUGUUUGAAUGAAUCUCACCUGCUGCUUUCAGAGAGCAACCUGAAAUACCAACACCUGUGGUACAACCCUAUCACAUUUCUGAUACUGGUUGCGGCAACUCAUUGCUUCAAAAUCGUGUAUUUCAUUCUGCUUUUACCGCAUACAUAUAAGACUGUGAUAAUAUCGCAUGUAUCCAACUUCCCAGCAAACUUUAUCCAAUACAUUGUUCUAUUCAUGGCAACCACCGCUGAAAUCUCCUUCCACAACAUCAACGACAGACUCGUCCGCAUGAAAAAGUACAAAAUAGUCGAGGAAUCGAUCGUCACCCAAAUGGAACUCCACUGGCGAGUGGUGGAUUUCGUUGAGAAGUUCAACCACGCCAUGGGAGUUCGUCUUCUGGCUAUGCUGGCUAAAACUUUGAUGUUCAAGUUUUUCGUAAUUUUCACAAUCAUCCUGCACUACGUUCCCAGCCAUGCUUUCAAGAAGGCUGAUCUUCCUUUCUAUGCUGUCAUCGAUUGGGCCGAGUCAUCUAUUAUUUCGUUUGGGAUAAUAAUUUACACGUCGUAUUGCAGCAAUAGGUUGUUUACAAAGUCCAAACAUACGCUGGUUCAUUUGAGGGAACUCAGCUACAAUAACACAUUAUCUGAAAAAGUGGAUACCGUGGUAAGUGUCAAUUAGAAAGUGCAAUAAGAUUAUUAUAAGAAUUACUCUUAUUAUUUCAAGAAGAAUAAUUCAUAGAAAAUCAGUGAUAUUUUUUUUUAAGAGAAGUAUUAAAAUGUGUAAUGGAUCAUCCUUAUGGAAAUACUUUCCAGUUCCAAAUGAAACUUGCUCUUUUCAGGUUAUCAAAAUCAUAAAACAAUAAUAAUGUCUUAUUAAUUAUUAUUGCAAAGGUGUUGAGUCUUCAAUCAUCAAUUGAAUUUAUUAUUUCUCUAAUUUGAUUAAAAAUCUGAUGAAUUUCAUUUCUAUGAGAUAAUUUAUUAUUGCAAAGGUGUUGAGCACGUUGACAAGUCUUCAAUCAUCAAUUAAAUUUAUUAUUUCUCUAAUCUGAUUAAAAAGCUGAUGAAUUUUAUUUCUUUGAGAUAAUUUAUUUUCGGAAGUAACAUAAUAUUCGGUUCAGGAUAUGUAUGGGAUAGCUCAU